AAUACUAUUGCGAUUUUGAAAAAAAAAAUGUAUUACUAUAGUCAGCGAGUAGCGAUGAGCGAAAGAGAGUGAAAGAAAGAAGAAGCGAUGGCGACGGAGGACACUGUAUCAUCAAACCCUAACCAUGGAGAAAAACGACCAAAAGUGGUGGUUAUAACAGGCCCCACCGGUUCCGGGAAGUCGAGGCUCGCCGUCGAUUUAGCCUCCCACUUCCCCGUCGAAGUCAUCAACGCCGAUUCCAUGCAGGUCUACAGUGGUCUCGAUGUUCUCACCAACAAAAUCCCCAUAUCCGAGCAAAACGGAGUGCCGCACCAUCUCCUCGGAACCGUAUCCCCAACCGUCGAAUUCACCGCCAAAACCUUUCGCGAUUCUGCUAUUCCUAUCAUUGAUGCUAUAUUGGCUCGCAACCACUUACCAGUUAUAGUUGGGGGCACCAAUUACUAUAUCCAGGCUCUUGUGAGUCAGUUUCUCUUAGAUGAAUCGAUGGAUGAUAUGAAUGAUAGCUGUUGUUUGGGUGAUCUACCUGGUGUCAUGUGGUCUGAUAACAGCUUCAUUGCGGAAAGUGACAGUUCAAACGAUUUUAAUUAUGAUCUACUUAAAGAUAUUGAUCCAAUUGCAGCAAAUAGAAUCCAUCCAAAUAAUCAUAGAAAGAUAAAUCAAUAUAUUAGUUUGUACGCUCGCACUGGUGUUCUUCCGAGCAAAGUUUUUCAAGGAGAGGCGGCAGAGAAGUGGGGUCAAGUUGAUAACUUAAGAUAUGAUUGCUGUUUUAUAUGCGUGGACGCAUCUCUCCCUGUAUUGGACAGAUAUGUAGAGCAGAGAGUAGAUUGCAUGAUGGAUGCUGGAUUACUCAAUGAAGUCUAUGACAUUUACAAUUUGAAUGCAGAUUAUAGCAGAGGUUUGCGGCAGGCCAUUGGUGUCCGUGAAUUUGAGCCUCUUCUUAGAACUUUUGUUCUCAAGGACAUCUAUGAAAGAGAGAAGGAGUUGACCGGAGGAUCCACCAUAGAGAAGCGUGAGACAUUGUCUAAUGGUAAUCUGAUGGAGUGGUUAAGAUCUUACUCUGAUGCUAAAUCCAUGAUUCUUAUGGAAGAAGCAAUUGAAAAAGUGAAGGUUAAUACCCGGAGACUUGUUCGCCGUCAGAAGAGGAUGCUCAAUCGACUGCAAAUGCUGUUUGGUUGGAACAUACACUCUGUUGAUUCCACAGAAUCAAUAUCAAGUAAAUCAGAUGAUGUUUGGAAAGGUCAAGUGGUUGAAUCUAGCAUGAAGAUAGUUAACUCAUUCCUGAGUGAGAAUGGAAGCAUGUCAUCCACCUGUAGCAUGUCAAAUGACACUGGGAUGAAAAUAGUCCAAAGGGACCUCUGGACUCAAUACACAUGCAAGGCCUGUGGUGAUCGGGUGCUUAGAGGAUUACAUGAAUGGGAGCAACACAGACAAGGCCGUGGGCAUCGAAAACGUAUCUCUAGUCUCAAGAGGAAGUCACAAGGUCUUAAUUUCUAUGAAACAGAAGCGGGAGCAUUCUAAGGGGAUGAAUAGCUGGAUACCGCUGGAUACCUCACUCUAGUAGUAAUGAAAGAUUUGGUUGAUGCUAUUAUUGAUGGCUUGUCAUCGAGUGAAUUAUUUUUGUAUGAUUUUUGCUUGCAUGUGUUGGAAUUAAUUUUUGAGGAGUGCUAGCAAUAGUCUCAUUAAUUUGUUGAAAUUCACCCGAGUCUCAUAUUUUUAGUGGACUACACUUGAAUUUUAACUAAUUAAUGAAGAGUGUUGAAUAGUGUUGCUAGUAUUUUUCUUGAUUUUUUGUUAGAGUUAGGUUUUGGGUCCUUUGGAUGUCAUUAUAGUUCCGAAAUCAUUUCUGAAUUGUUGUAAUUGCUGCGUUGACCCUUGCAGUUUUAAUUUUAUGGGUGAUCCUUGCGGUUGCAGACUA